AUGAGCGAGCCUGUGCAAGAACCUGAUCAAAACCAAUUGGUAGCGGAGUUUGUAAACGUGACACAAUGUUCCCCUGAUGAGGCACAAGAGUUGCUAGAGCUUUCUCAUUGGAAUCUUGAGUGCCGUGGCGGCGAGAAAUCGGGGCUUGCCGUUCAGAAUCCUGAUGGAGCAGGCUCUUCAAGUGGAAGGCUAAUCAGUAACAUAUUCCGACAAGCUCAGAGAAACCAAGCUGGAGGAGCUCCUAAAGCUGGCGACGAUUAUAGCGACGAAGAUGAUGAGUUUGAAGAGGAUUAUGAUGAUAUUCCGGGUGGCGGAAGCUUCAGUGGUUUCAAUCGUGGUCGUAAGAGUGGGAAAAAAUCAAAUAAAUUCACAGGAACUGGAUUCACUUUAGGCAGCGAUGAGGUACCUUCUAGAACUGUCGAGGAUCCAAGUAGUCUUCUGAAAAACUCAAGACCACAGAGGGUAGUUCGACAGCUUACAUUUUGGAAAAAUGGUUUCAGUGUAGAAGAUGGCCCUUUGUAUCGUUAUGACGACCCCCAGAAUGUUGCUCAUUUAGAAGCCAUUAACUCGGGUAAGGCACCACUUUCGCUAUUAAAUGUCGAAAAUGGCCAAGGAGUUGAUGUUCGCAUUGUCCGCAAGAUGGAUGAAAAUUAUGCCCCUCCCAAAAAACUUGGUGGAUUUCAUGGUCAGGGUAAUAGACUCGGAUCACCAGUUCCAGGUGAUAUUUCAUUAAGUAAUAGCGCAUCCAGUUCUACUGCGAAUUUGUCUUCUUCCUCUUCAGUAUCGGCAUUGGGCACAGCAUCUGGAACUGCACCAGCAUCUGGUUUAGGAGCUUCCGGCGAUGCACCUGUUCAAAUUAGAUUAGGCGAUGGGCGUGCUUUACGGGCACGCUUUGAAUCGACUGGGUCUGUUCAACAGCUUUAUGAUUAUGUCCAGAGUGCCCAAUCUUCUACAGAGGCUCGAAACUUCGUCCUGCAGACCACUUUCCCAAAUAAAGAACUGCUGGAUAGGGAAAUCUCACUUAAAGAGGCAGGGGCUGUUGGUGCUGUUGUCAUACAAAAGUGGGUAUAG